AAUUUAUUCACAUCAUAAUAAGUGUUGUGUUUGAACAGUUAGGAUCUACCAAAAGGAAAUUUUUAUGUAUCUAAAACUAUAGUGCAAGUUUACAACGGAUAGUCAUGAAGAAUUUUUUCAUUUAAAUUCCUUGUGUCAAAAUCAUCCAACAGUACAACUGAUAAAACAUUAUAUUCAACAUGCAUGACAUGUAUCUAGUUUCAUUUAAAUGGAGACGGUUAAUUGUUCAAAAUAGGAUUGACCUCGUACAAUAGACCUAAGUUAUUAUAUUUAAAAAAACAAGGUUUUUUAAAAGUUCUGUGCACACGUGACUACUUUAAACUGCAUAUUUUAAGAACUUUUAGUACAUCAAUUAUUGUUUUGCUUCAAAGUAAAUAAGCCAAAAUGAAAGAAUCAAAUAUUAACAAUGGCUUCAACAAUUAUAGAAAUUCCAUGGAUGUAGCCUCCGAUGAUUAUGACAACGUUAAAGACCUAAGACAAGUUAAUACUCUGCAGGGUACAAACGCUAGCGAUACAGGUAAAAACGUGAAUGCAAGUCGCCAGGACACUGAUGUACAAAUUCAGAUGAAUACAAGUGCAGUUAGAGCGAACAACGAGCCUGUGACUGCCAGAGAUACAUUGAUUAGAUUAAAGCAACACAGAUGGUCCAUACUUGCUUUUAUAUGUGGUGUAAUCCUGACCCUAGUGAUAGUUGUCCCUGUGAUGAUGUCAAAAUCAUCGUCUUCGGAAAAGGAUGACAAGACCGAUUACGCAUUUUCGUUGAGAUUUGACAGAAAAUCGACACAUUCAUUAGUUUUCCUGUCUGACGAUACUACAGUAAUGGGUAAUUCCUUCAGUAAAGAGACUCCGAAUGCUGUUAAUCAUCCGGGACAGUUUAACACGUACAAAGGAACAAUUGGAGAUAAAUGCUUAACUUCUACAAGUAAAAUAUACUUUGAGAUUAAGUUUUCGUACGAGAUAUUAUCGUCCUUUAAGGAUAAUUCAACUGGCUUAGUUGUCGAUGUAGGAGUGAUAAGUCGCAAAAAAAUAGACAAUUACUUCUACGCUGGAAACUUUGGAUGGUCGUUUACUAUUCAUAAUUGCCUUUCUUCCAUAUGCCUUACAGCCCAGCAUUUGAUUUCGAAAACAAAUAAACCAAUCAAAAUAAUGAGUUUGAGGAAUACAGCCGGGACAGCUGUCACAGGGAGACUUGGAUUUUUUGUUAAUAUGAACCGCAAUGAGUUUUCAGUUAUUGACAAGGACACUUCGACAAUAUUGUACACCCUUACAAGGGUAGUAUCUGCUGACAAACUUUGUCUAGCGUUUGGAGUUUAUAACCCUAAAGUACUGAAAGCAAAACUGAAGAUAAUGUAUUCAUACGAUUUCACAACUCUUCCUAUUACCUAUGUUAUAGCUUAGCAAUUGAGAAGCAAAACUCGAGACAAUGGGUAUUCUUACGAUUUCACAUCAUUUUGCAUCAGCUUGAAACAUUUUCAAUGCAUUAGAUUGAAACUUUUCGAUCUUGAAAAAAUGGACUGGUGGGCUAAUAUGACCCUUAAUUCUUUGUAGAAAUAUAGUUGGAACAUUGAAACAAACUUUCAACAAGACAAAAUUUAUACGUUAACAAAUGUAAUUGUAUGGAUACUUUUUUUCGCUUUGAGUCUAUUCUUGCAGACUUCGGGGGCACUUAAUUUCGUGUUUUGUCGUUUAUUUUUUGUCUGAAAGACGUACAAAUUGCUUUUGUUAGUUCUUUCACAUUUUAAAUAUGAAUUUAAAAAGGUCUGUGUGUCAUUUUCACCAAUAUUACAACAUUCAAAUGGUUUUUGUUUAUACGAGAUAACAUCGUAUUUUUAAUAUAAAAUUUAAUGGUUUUAAUUUACUAGAAAUUUGAAUUGAAACAAUUUAAUAAUAUUGUGUGUGUGUGUUUUAUGAAGAUUCCUGGGUAUAUUUGUUUUCAUAUAUAUUUUGUUAUUGUCUAUAAUAUAAUCAGGGAGACGGAUUUAUAUAAUAGCACUGAUCUUGUUUCCUAAUCCCGAUUAUUGAAUCACUUGUAUAUUUAUCGAAUUUAUUUACUCUUGUCGCCAUACAUAACGAGUUCUUAAUCAAAUAUGUUCACACUUUUAAAAUUAUCAUAAAAUUUGAUAUUAAUUUUGUAUAUUAAAUUUGAAUUUAAACAAUCUAAUACUAGUGUGUGUGUGUUUUAUAAAGAUUCUUGGGUAUAUUUGUUUUCAUAUAUAUUUUGUUCUUGUCUGUAAUAUAAUCAGGGAGACGGAUUUAUAUAAUAGCACUGAUUUUGUUUCCUUAUCCCGAUUAUUCAAUCACUUGUAUAUUUAUCGAAUUUAUUUACUCUUGUCGCCAUACAUAACGAGUUCUUUAAUCAAAUAUGUUCACACUUAUAAAAUUAUCAUAAAAUAUUAUAUUAUUUUGUAUAUUAAAUUUGAAUUUAAACAAUCUAAUAAAAGUGUUUGUGUGUUUUUUAUAAAGAUUCCUGGGUAUAUUUGUUUUCAUAUAUAUUUUGUUCUUGUCUAU